UUUUUUUUCCUUUUCCCCCGGUAGUCUUCUUUGUCUGGCGAACCGCUCUUCAGCUUCUAGUCUCUGUACGGCGGCUGUAUAUAGACCUUGCUCUUCUCCCCCCCUUCCCCCUGCCCCGGGUUUGUGUGAUGUGACGGACUGUUGAACUACGAUAUCUCCAAAAGAGACUCAAGAGUCUAGACAACUUCGUGCGUCGAUAUCUACAGUAGCCCCUUGGCGGCCCCGGGAGAGACUCUUUCAAAACCCCCCCUAUUUCUUGUUGCCAGAAACUACCAACAAAACCACCCGCGAAAGUCAAAGUCAUCAUGGGUAAACCGGUCCAAGAGCUGGCCGCCCUCCCCGGCGACGGCCUGCCGUGGUAUAAGCACGCCCACCUCCGGAAGCUCAACUUCAUCACUCUGUCCAUGGUCUUGUUCUCCUCCGCCAACGGCUACGAUGGUUCCAUCAUGGGCGGCCUCCUGGCCCUGCCGCGAUGGAACACCUUCAUGGAGAACCCCUCGGGCGCCUACCUCGGCUGGAUCACGGGAAUCUACUGGCUCGGCAACGGCAUCGCCUUCCCCGUCGCCGCCUGGUCCUCCGGCCGCUACGGCCGCAAGCCGGGCAUCUACCUCGGCUACCUCUUCCUCAUCCUCGGCGUCGUCAUGCAGACCGCCGCCCAGAACGAGGUGACCUUCACCUACUCGCGCCUCUUCAUCGGCAUCGCCGCCUCGUGGCUCGGCAACUCCGCCCCGCUGCUCAUCAACGAGAUCGCCCACCCGAAGCAGCGGUCCAUCGCCAACGCCCUCUUCAUGGUCGGAUGGUACUUUGGCGGAACCCUCUGCGGCUGGGUCACCUUCGCCUGCCGCGACAUCCCCUCGGACUGGUGCUGGCGCGUCCCCGUCCUCAUCCAGAUCGUCCUGCCCUUCGUGGCGCUGCCCGGCUUCCUCCUGGCGCCCGAGAGCCCGCGCUGGCUCAUCAGCGUCGGACGCGUCGACGAGGCCACCGCCAUCCUCGCCGAACAUCACGCCGGUGGCGACCGGAACGACUCGCUCGUGACCUACCAGGUCGUCGAGAUUCAGGCCACCAUCAACGCCGAGAAAGAGGCCUCCUCCAGCGCCUCCUACGCCGACAUGAUCAAGACCCCGGGGAACCGUCACCGCCUCUUCAUCUCCGUCAGUCUCGGUAUCUUUGCUCAGUGGGCCGGUAACGGAGUCGUCUCCUACUACCUCCCCCUCAUCCUCGACUCCAUUGGUGUCCAGUCCGUCACGGACCAGACCCUCAUCUCGGCCUGUCUGAACGUCUGGAACCUGCUGUGGGCCAUCGCCGCCGCGACGAGCGUCGACCGCCUCGGCCGCCGCUUCCUGUUCCUGACCUCGGCGAGCGUCAUGCUGGCCAGCUUCAUCAUCAUCACCGGCCUCAGCGCGUCCUUCGCCGAGUCCGGCUCAGCAAGCAUGGGCCUAGCCGUCAUCCCGUUUCUCUUUAUCUUCUUCGCCGGCUACGACAUAGCCAUGACCCCGUUCUUGACGGCCUACCCCUGCGAAAUCUGGCAGUUCGGACUCCGCUCCCGCGGCCUCACCGUCACCUGGUGCUCCACCGUCGUCGCCAUCUUCAUCAACACCUUUGUCAACCCCAUCGCCCUCGAGGCCAUCCACUGGAAGUACUACAUCGUCUUCAUCGUCAUGCUCGCCCUGCUGUGGCUCACCGUCUUCUUCACCUACCCCGAGACCCGCGGCCACACGCUGGAGCAGAUGGCCGUCAUCUUCGACGGCGACGACGCCGCCGCCCCUCCUCCCGCGGCCGUCAGCGAGAAGACCGAGGCUUUGGUUUCUCACGGGGAGAACGAGGAUAAGAGGCAGUAUCAGAGCGAUGCCGAGCACCGCGUCUGAGGGAGUAAUGUGUCAUCAGGCAAUGGUCAACAUGGUUGACGCGGAUGGCUUGGAUACAAAGUAGGAAGAAUUCAGUAAUCGAAACGGUAAAACCGUGAGUUUCAAUAAGAAUCAGGCUUGACCUG